UAUAGCCUAUAGCCGGCCGGGAACCCUGCAUGCAAACGGCUCCUGACUGCGUUACCCAGUAAUGCACUGAGAGAGCGAGUGAGAGAGCGAGCGAGAGCAGGGAUCGGGGAUAGGGAGGGCUGGCCGAGCAGUAGCACUGCAGCCCCCCUCCCCCGGGCAAGGCAGCGAGCGAGCUGCUGCUGCUGCUGCUGCUGCUUCUGGCGGAGCGGUGCAGAGCAGAGCAGAAGCAGGCUGGAAGCACUCUGGCAGGUUCCCGGAGAAGCUCGAGCCCGGGGCUUUCUGCCGCUGUAGCUGGAAGCGCAGGGGGUGGGGGGGGUGGAAGUGUGCACUAUGCCUUUAACGCCCGGGUACAGUAGAUAUGUAUAGUGUGUAGUGUAGGGAAACUCUAGGCGGGGUUAAAGUUCAGCUCAUGGAGCUGAUCAGCGCUGGCUGCAGUUUAGCAGAGUUGGAAAUGUGAAAGCAAGAAGCAGACUCGAUUCUCCCCCCUCUUUCUCUUCUCUCUCUCUCUCUCUCUUUCUCUCUCCUCUCUCCCUCCCUCCCUCCCUUUCUCUCUCUCCCUCUCACUCACACACCUCCAAGCCACAAAACCCCCCACAGCAAUCAUGUAUUCUCCUCUCUGUCUUACUCAGGAUGAAUUUCAUCCCUUCAUUGAAGCACUUCUUCCCCACGUCCGAGCAUUUGCGUACACAUGGUUCAACCUACAAGCUCGAAAGCGAAAAUACUUUAAAAAACAUGAGAAACGCAUGUCAAAAGAAGAAGAGAGAGCUGUGAAGGAUGAAUUGCUAAGCGAAAAACCUGAGGUCAAACAAAAAUGGGCAUCCAGACUUCUGGCAAAGCUACGGAAAGACAUCAGGCCUGAAUACCGGGAGGAUUUUGUUCUAACUGUCACAGGGAAAAAACCUCCAUGUUGUGUUCUUUCCAAUCCAGACCAGAAGGGCAAGAUGAGAAGAAUUGACUGCUUACGCCAGGCAGAUAAGGUCUGGAGGUUGGACCUUGUUAUGGUGAUUUUAUUUAAAGGUAUUCCGCUUGAAAGUACUGAUGGCGAACGCCUUGUAAAGUCCCCACAGUGCUCAAACCCAGGGCUGUGCGUACAGCCGCAUCAUAUAGGGGUUUCUGUUAAGGAACUCGAUUUAUAUUUGGCAUACUUUGUGCACGCAGCAGAUUCAAGUCAGUCUGAAAGUCCAAGCCAGCCAAGCGAAGCUGAUAUUAAGGACCAGCCGGAAAAUGGACAUUUGGGCUUCCAAGACAGUUUUGUCACAUCAGGCGUCUUCAGUGUGACUGAGCUAGUAAGGGUCUCACAAACGCCAAUAGCUGCAGGAACAGGUCCUAAUUUCUCACUCUCAGAUUUGGAAAGUUCCUCAUACUAUAGCAUGAGCCCAGGAGCAAUGAGGAGAUCUUUACCAAGCACCUCCUCUACCAGUUCUACAAAGCGCCUCAAAUCUGUAGAGGAUGAAAUGGACAGUCCUGGUGAAGAGCCAUUUUAUACAAGCCAAGGGCGGUCUCCAGGAAGUGGCAGUCAGUCAAGUGGAUGGCAUGAAGUGGAGCCAGGAAUGCCAUCGCCAACUACAUUAAAGAAGUCAGAGAAGUCUGGUUUCAGCAGUCCCUCGCCUUCGCAGACCUCCUCCCUUGGAACGGCAUUCACACAGCAUCAUCGACCUGUCAUUACAGGACCCAGAGCAAGUCCACAUGCAACACCAUCGACUCUUCAUUUUCCAACAUCACCCAUUAUUCAACAGCCUGGGCCAUACUUCUCACACCCAGCAAUCCGCUAUCAUCCUCAGGAGACUCUGAAAGAGUUUGUCCAACUUGUCUGUCCCGACGCUGGUCAGCAGGCUGGACAGGUGGGGUUCCUAAAUCCCAAUGGUAGCAGCCAAGGCAAGGUGCACAAUCCAUUCCUUCCUACCCCAAUGUUGCCACCACCACCUCCGCCACCAAUGGCUAGGCCUGUGCCUCUGCCAGUGCCAGACACAAAGCCUCCAACCACGUCGACAGAUGGAGGUGCCAGCUCUCCCACUUCACCAACCUACUCGACACCCAGCACCUCCCCUGCAAACCGAUUCGUCAGUGUUGGACCACGGGAUCCAAGCUUUGUAAAUAUCCCUCAACAGACACAGUCCUGGUACCUGGGAUAAAAUUCACAGCUUCCUACCAUCCACCAGACAGACCACCUGACUCCUUCCCAACUCUGUAACAUGGAAGCAGCAGCAACACAGUGCAGUUACUUCGCGUACGUGGAAGGGGAGAUGAACAGAUAUUGACAGCAAACAACUGCUCAUAUUCGGAAACAGCAAACGUUAUGGUUGAUUGACAAAGGCCGUAACAUUGUUGGGGGGAGGGGGAUUUUUUUUAAAAAAAAGAGAGAACACCUUAGUGACCGAUGUAAUUUCUCAUAUGGUGCUGGAAAUGUUUGGGCUUCAUACUUUUUGAAGUGUUUCAAUUGGUAGUGUAAGCAUAGGGACACUGGGUAGUACAGCUAGCCUGCUGGCUGCUUACUGACUUGCUGUUAUAACACUUUCCAUACAGCGCCUAACAGUUUUACAAUAUUUUCACUGAUUUAUUUUCCAUACAGGUGUGAAACUUCUUGAGAGAUCAUUGAAGAACACACACAAAUGAUAACUUUUGUAGUAGCUGAAUUCUGCAAUAUAGAACUUACAGGACAGACAUGAGGCAUGUUUUUCUGUAACAUAUCAGGAUUUUUUUUUUAAUUUUACAGUUAGCAGUUAUAUAUGUCACAUGAAUCAUAAGAGUAUUAUCAACAGGUUGAUUUCCACUCAAGUUGCAGAGAAAUAUAAAACAUCAACCUACUGUUGUUCACGCAAAAAAGAAAAAAAGGGUUUAAAUGCUGCACUUACAUAAAACAUUUUUGACGAUUUUCAACAAUGACAUAAAAUUCACAUGGAAAUGGGGAAGUUGGUCUGUUUUGAUAGAAACUGACAGGAAUCAAUCAAAACAAUCAAAUUUUGAAUUGAGAAAAGUGCAAUUUCAUUGGAUAGCUAAAUAUCUUUGUAAGAUAGAGAUUGUUGAAAAUUCUAUUUUUGUUUUCCAAGUCCUAUCACCCCAGGACUCUAAAUUAUUGGGGUAAAAAACAGCCUUGCAAGAAAAAAAGGGGGAGCUAUUUUUGCUUUUUAUGUUUUUUAUUGUUAAACUUGUAUCCCUUUAAAACUGAAGGAAAUUUUAAAAAAAACAACUAAAUUUAAUGGUGCUUUUACCACAAUAUGUUAUCUACAUUAAAUGCUAAUUAAUCAUUUUCUGUUAUCAAAGCACAUAAUUAAAAUUAAAUCAUAAUAUCUGUUAAUUUUAUAAGCUAAAAGUCACUAUAAUAGAUUAUGCCAAUUCUGACAAAUCGUAUGUGUUUCCGGCAAUAUAGGGUAUAUCACUUCUCAAGAUACCUUGGCCACAACCCAACACAGAGGUAGGUGUGCCUAAGCCCACUGAAGCAAACGGCUUUAAGCAUGCCUCACCUAGGAUUGGAUCGUGGCCCUCAAGAUAAUAAGAGACAGCUGUCCAGAAAGUAAAACGCCUUUGUGUCCCUGAACUGGCUUUUUUUUUUCUGGACUUCAGAGGUAACAAUACAGUAGCAAAAUGUUGAUUCUACAUCUUAUGCCAGUUCAAAGCAAGGGCACUUGCUGAAAAAAGAAAGUUUGGACCCCAAAUGUCCUGUAUCUUAUGUACAAAAAAAAGAAAAUGCAAAAAAAAAAAAGCAAAAAAAUGCAAGUGAUUUUUUUCUAUCAGACAGCGGAGCACCCCUUUGCUUCCCAUGCAACUUUAAGAAGGUUUCCUAUAUUAUACAUAUAUAUACGUUCUGGUUGGUGGUCUAGCUAAUCAGAGAAAGUCUCUGCAUGUUCUAGUGUUAGUAACUAAUUUUUAUAUAGUUAAUGUAGGGUAAAGUAGAGUGCAUUAAGACACAAUAUUGUAAUCCCUAAUCCAGGCACUUGCCUUUAAACUAUGUUUGUUCGGCCCUUCAGAAGGGUUUCUACUACUGUCCUAUACAAUCAAGUAAACUGAAUUUCUUGGGAAGACACUUUGCUCCUCAUCUUUUCCCUAAAACUACUUUUUUUUUGUUUUGUUUUCUUGAUUUGCACGAAACAAAAAAAAAAUUCCAUAUCAAUGUGCCUUGCCCUGGAUAGCGAUUAUUUGUGGAAUUGUUGCACAUGUUCCUAUAUUGAAAGGGGUUUUUUU